ACAUCAAGACAACGUUCACUAUCGCUAUCGACAUCCAUGAAUGAACCUGUAGCAAUUGUGGGGAUGGCGUGUCGGUUCGCCGGCGCAUCAUCCCCAGAUCAGUUUUGGGACAUGAUUGAGCAAGGACGCACCGGUCACUCGCCCAUUCCCAAGCGAAGCUUCGACGCAGAUGCUUGGUACCAUCCAUCACGCCAGCGACUCGGCUCUAUUAUUACAAAGUCUGGUUUCUUCAUUGAUGAUGUAUCACACUUUGAUGCUCCGUUUUUCUCGAUCACAGCCAGCGAAGCUGCAGCAAUGGACCCAAUGCAGCGCCUAGCUCUUGAAAUAUCAUACGAGGGCUUCGAAAAUGCCGGAUUUCCGAUGCAGAAACUAUCGAGAAGCAGAACAGCUGUCUACAGCGGUGUGAUGACAGCUGAUUACCAGGACAUAGCUGAAGGAGACAUGCUCCAUCUAGGAGAUCAUGCUGCAACCGGCACAAACAAAGCGAUUCUGUCGAACCGUAUUUCUUGGUUCUUCGAUCUCACCGGGCCUAGUCUGACGCUCGACACUGCUUGUUCCUCGGGACUAUACGGCUUGCAUCUCGCAUGCCAAGCAAUCAAGGCUGGCGAAUGUGAUCAAGCACUGGUAACGGGCACAAACCUCAUUCUGCACCCUAACCUCGUUUCACAAUACUCUUCGAUGAAGAUGAUUGGUCCAGACGGCAUUAGCCAUUCCUUUGACGCAUCUGCUAAUGGGUACGGCCGAGGCGAAGGAAUUGCCUGUGUCGUGGUGAAACGACUUUCAGAUGCAAUCCGAGAUAACGAUUGCAUUCGUGCCGUUAUUCGUAAUACUGGUGCAAAUCACGACGGGAAAACGACAAGUAUAACAAUCCCUAGCGAAGACGCACAGGCAGCUCUUAUCCGCUCCACAUAUCAGAGGGCUGGUCUGUCGUUGGCUGAGACAGCCUAUUUCGAAGCUCAUGGAACAGGGACACCACAAGGAGAUCCGAUUGAGAUGCGGGCGAUUGCGAAGACAAUUGGGAAUGCCCGAAAGAACGCAGGUCCUCUCUACGUAGGUAGCGUGAAGCCCAAUGUCGGCCAUACUGAAGGUGCAGCCGGGCUUGCUGGGGUGAUCAAGGUGGUCCUGAGCCUUGAAGCUGGGGUUAUUCCUUCUGUGACCGGCCUGAGGGCAGUCAAUCCGGAGCUUCACCUCUCGGACUGGAACCUCGCCCUACCCACUGAGAACGUCCCAUGGCCACAAAAAGGCCCACGGCGCGCUAGUGUGAACUCCUUUGGGUUUGGCGGCUCCAACGCCCAUGCUAUCCUGGAGGAUUCUCUGCACUUUCUGGCAUUCCAUAAUCUGAUUGGACAUCACUCCACUGCACUGUACCCAAAGGGAACGCUGUCUUUAUUCAGUGUCACGCCUAACCCGCGUGACAACCCCAAGCAGCAUCGCAUUUUCGUUCUCUCAGCCCAGGAGCGGGCAGGUAUUGCUCGAGUUGCAUCAUCAUAUGCAUCAUUCCUAGCCUCUAGGUCCUAUUCAGAGGAGGAUACUCUCUCCGCCAUGCAAUCACUCAGCCAUAUCCUGGGGACUCGGAGGUGCUCGCUAGACUUCCGAAGCUUCCUGGGCGGGGCUCUGCGAGGCUUUGGAGAAGCCACAGGCGCUUCUUGUCGAGCGCGUCUUGCCGAGAAAAAGAUUGUCUUUGUCUUCACCGGCCAAGGAGCACAGCGGGCGGGUAUGGCCAAAGAACUCCUUUCCAAUCCCGUCUUUGAGCAAAGUCUCCAACAAUGCCAGAAAGUGCUGGAUGAGUGUGGGGCAGAGUGGAAGAUAUGGGAUCUACUUGCGGCCACUGAUGGGCACAGGAUUGCGAGCCCCCAGUAUGCCCAGCCACUUUGCACUGCUAUCCAGAUUGCCCUGGUCGAUCUGUUAUUCAGUUGGGGUAUCGAGCCCGCCGCUGUACUCGGGCAUUCCUCCGGUGAAAUAGGUGCUGCAUACGCCUCCGGAAUAUUGUCAUUGGAAGAAGCCAUGUAUGUCGCUUACUACAGAGGCUCUUUCUCCACGCUUGUACCGUUCCGCUUAAGUGAGGAAGGAAGUAUGCUCGCAGCUGGCAUGUCAGAGUCCGAAGCAGAGACGUAUCUAGCGGAUGCUGGGUACAAGGACUCCGUAACGAUCGCGUGUAUCAAUAGUCCCUCCAGUGUUACACUUUCGGGCACCAAGACGGACAUCACUGCGAUGCACGAGGCUCUGGUUCAGGAUGGAAAGUUUUCCCGCAUCCUGAAGACCGGUGUAGCCUAUCAUUCCCCCCAUAUGGCUGCAAUUGCCCCAGAUGUUGAACAAAUUCUGCGCCGCCUACCCGAACGCAGCUCGUCUCCACGAGUUCCCAUGUACUCAUCUGUUGAUGAGCAGCUCGUGAGUAGCGAUGGAUUGAGCAGAAAUUACUGGAUGGAAAACAUGCUCAAGCCCGUGCGAUUUGCGGGCGCGCUGCGCAACCUCAUCACUGCCGCUUCGACCACAGACCCCUGGAACACCGAGUAUAGCACUAUAUUGGAAAUCGGCCCCUCCAAGACCCUGCAAGGUCCGAUCAAGCAAAUUCUAGCCGCGAUCAGCCCACGCAUAACCCAACAGCUUCCGUAUCGCUCUGUGCUAGUGGCUGGCCAACACGCUACCCACACCGCCAUCGAGGCGGCAGGAUUCCUCUGGGCGACGGGACAUUCCGUCGACUUGGAUCGCGUCAACGCCAUUCCCGCUGAGGGAGUCGCUUUGGACAUAUUGCCUCACCUCCCGUCAUACCCAUGGAAUCACGAUAAUAGCUUCUGGCAUGAAACAACGACUAGUCGUGCCAUACGUCUUCGCUCACAGCCUCGCACCGAUCUCCUCGGGUUACCUGUUGACGGGCAGAACCCAUUCGAGCCGAGAUGGCGCAACAUCAUUAGUAUUUCAGAGAACCCUUGGCUAGCAGACCACAAUGUCGCCGGAGCGUGUCUAUAUCCCGCGGCUGGCUAUUUGGUCAUGGCACUCGAGGCCGUGAAGAGCCUGACUGAGGGGACCAAGGUUCUGCAAGGAAUUGAAUUUACCGAUGUCACAUUUGAGACUGGACUUGCACUCUCCGAUGAUGGCUCUGCAACAGAGGUCUCCCUAACCUUGCAAACGCAUUCCUUCAUCGAGGACAUGUUCGAAUUUACUGUCUACUCCCAUCCGUUGGAACAUUCAGUGCGCAGACUCGUGCGUGGGUUCAUCGCCGCGAUCUGUCACAACAGCCAGUCAGACGAAGUCGAAGAGGAGGCACAAGAGCAAGAGUGGGCAUCAUCCAGAGCUCAUCUGGAAAGUACCCAGAAGCUCGCUGAGAAGAGUGUCAACGUCCGUGAAUUCUACGCGCAACUUUCUGAUAUUGGCCUGAAAUAUGGUCCUACCUUCCAAGGACUAAAUAAUAUAACCGUGAGCUCGGAACAGGGUGCAGCCUGUGGCACACUAGCCAUUCCCGACUCUAGGUCUGUUAUGCCCAUGGAAUUCGAAUACCCACACCUCUUGCACCCGGCAACCCUCGACUGUGCAUUCCACCUGGCAUUUGCUGCGCUUGGGGCCCAAGAGGACAUGCGACAGCCGGCUGUUCCGGUCUCGGUAGAUCGAAUCUUCAUUUCUACUGAUCUUCCCACUGGGCCCGGAUCUUUAUUCAUGGGAAUGUCCUCCGCAAAGCGUAUCGAACAGUCGGUUGUGGCCGAUAUACUAUUUACCGAUCCGAGUGCAAGUGGCCCGAAGAUCCUGGUCGAGUCCAUGAGAAUGGAUAACGUGGCCGGAGAAUCCGCACUAUCCAACGGAUUGGUGACUGCCAAGCGUUCGGCGGAUUUGGUAUGGAAAGAGGACAUUUCACACAUGCAAGACCGAUCAUUAGAUGGUCAGGUGUGGCUCAAGACAUGGUUAGAGUGUCUUUUGCACAAACACUCCCGAGCCAACGUACUCAUUGUUGGAGAGUCAGACCUCCCUUCGUUUUGUGACGUAAGAAAGUCCGGUCACUUCACAGUGGUCACACUCAAUGCGGAAGGGAAUGUAUUUGAGCGCUCAAAUGGUCCAUCCCACGCGAUCCCACCGGAAAUCAUGGUCCAACAAAAGUUGAGUGCCAAUAGCACCUACGAUGUUGUCAUUGUCGACACAGGUGUAUCAGAGAAGUCCCAGUGGUUGUUAGGACUCAUGUCGGGCAUUUUAAAACCAGGAGGCAACGUGAUAAUGUUGGGCAACCCCGACCAGGAAAACGACCUCUCGAGUAACACAUGGGUGAAGCGCUUGGCUGACGACGAGAACUACAACCGCGUACAUACAUUGACUCCGAACUCUAUCUAUAUGCUCAUCCGAUCGCCAACUCCACCCAUCGCAUUGAGCACUGCUCCAGAUACUUGGAAAUUAGACGGUAUCACAAUUCUGGAGCAGGAGGCCGGAAAGCGAAGUGCGAACCAAAUUCAGUUAAGAAACUCCCUGACCAAGCUACUCAAUGAUUCCGGAUUUUCUAUCCAAGUGGUGCAGUGGAGAGAUAUUAUCCCCUCUCGCAACACGCGCAUAAUCUCGCUAGUCGAAUAUGAUGAGCCUCUCUUUUACAACCUAGAAGAAGCUGACCUGGUUCGAUUCCGAGAACUCAUUGCUAGUUCCCCGAAGUACAUGCUCUGGAUAACGGCUGGAGGUCUUCUUAGGCCCACGGGGACUGGGAUUCACUAUGCUCCUACCACCGGCUUGCUGCGCACAGUACGCGCUGAGUACCCUAUGCUUGAACUGGCCCAUCUGGACCUAUCACCAGCAACUCAACAAACACCUUCCGAGGCCGCUUCCAUCGUUGCUGAUAUCUUACGCACAACUUUGGGAGUUGAUGUCAUGGAGACUGAAUUUGCGGAGGAUAACCGCAAGAUAUUCAUCCCACGUUUAGUCGAAAACACGGCUGUUGACGCGGAGCUCGCCCUGUACCAAAGCCAAACUACCUCCUUACCCUUGGCCCUAGAAAAUAUUCACCAGACACUGCGGCUAGUUGUUGAACCGUCUGGGUCGAUAUACUGGGCUCCUGUUGAUGCCAGUAACGUUGAGAAUAUCGAGGCAGGAAGAGUUCUGGUCAGCACACGCUACACUAGUAUCGUCCAUGAUACGUUCCGCACUGCAUCUUCGGCGUGGAACAAGCGACUUUCUGCAUACUGGACACUCACAGAGACUCUCGGUGUCGUCGAGAAAGUCGGUUGGGGUGUGACAGACCUUCAGCCCGGAGACCUGGUCCUUGUCGAGUCUACAGGCAUCGAAACACGGCUCGCCAAGGCCGCAUUGGACAUUCUUAAAAUACCGCUUAAUGUCGUCCCACAAGAGCUAGCAUACUGGAUUGGGCCUUUGGCAGUAUCUUAUCGCUUGUUGAUGGACUUCACUCAUGCACUGUCGCAUCCCGUCAGUCUCAGCGAGAAGUUCUCUCUUGAGACCACGCGUGUCAAUGGCCAAUACUCGCCUCCCAGAAGCCCCCCAUCCGGUGCACAACGGCCCGUUCAAAACAUCCUUAUUGACGUAGAGGAUGCUUCGCUCCGACGUGUGCUAGUUCAGAUGGCUCAAUGGCUUCAGGUCGAUGCCUUUGUGAUUAUUCCGCCGGGCGAAGAACGGGAUACGCAGGCUUCUUGGCCUGCUGGCUGUACGGUAUUGACUAGAAUGUCACGCUCGGUCGCUAAGAUGAUAUCUACGAAGAGCCCUCGCGGAGGUAUCGAUCUGGUUUUCUCGUCUCUGAAAACCAUGUCUAACAUCCCUCAUAUCCUCACAAGCAUGGCACCCAACGGUCAAUUUAUCGCAUUGAACGUUGAUGCGAAUCAGCAGAGGGCGCUGCGGGGUCUUGUACCGCGCUUGGACAUAUCUUUAGAUUGCGUCGACACUACACAGCUUGAUCCAGCUGGUAUCCGGGAAGCUCGGGGGGCCGUUUUACAGCUCCUUGCCAAGAGUGCGAUCACGCUACCUCCAAACCCAACGGGAUUUUAUGAGCAGUCUGUAUCUAGUUUAGACUCGGUCUUUGAUACACCAUCAUCUUCCAAUGGGAAAAGUCGCAUGGUCAUCACCUUUGGUCCAUCGUCUCUUAUCCCGAUUCAAUUUUCGACGCCGGUUCCAGUGCAGCUCGAGCCAACUGGGACAUAUAUACUCUCUGGGGGCCUUGGAUCAUUGGGCCUUGAGAUAGCUAGCUGGAUUGUCAACGAUCAUGGUGCUCGUCACAUUGUUUUUCUCUCACGGUCCGGGACUCCCAGCCCAACCGCUACAGCUAAGCUCGAUAUACUCGCCCAACAAGGAUGCAGGUGCGAUGUGGUGCAAUGUGACAUCACCUCAAUUACGGCUGUGAAGGAAUUAGGUUCUCACAUCACCGAGAAAGGUUGGGACGUCCGCGGAGUGAUCCAAGGAGCCAUGGUUCUUGCAGACUCUCCCCUGGAGACAAUGACUGCGGAUAAAUGGGCGACUGCGGCCUCACCCAAAAUCCGAGGCUCAUGGAACCUUCACGAAGUUGUGGGCCAGAAACUUGAUUUCUUUGUUCUCCUUUCCUCCAUUUCCGGCAUCAUCGGCAACAGUGCACAAGCCAAUUAUAGCGCCGGAAACACGUUUGAAGAUGCACUGGCAGCUCACCGACGCAGUCUCGGGCUUCCAGCCAUAAGUCUUAACCUUGGUCUCGUCACCGACUCCCGGACCGCAAAUAAUGUCGGGGGAACCAAUGAUGUCGAUGAUUUCCUCCACAAAUUCCCACACCUCGCACCUGCCGUGGUCAACAUGCGCGAGGUACAGGCAGCGCUUGGGGCCGCUAUCCGAGGUCAAGGCUUGAAUGGCGUCACACUACCGCCUCAGGUAGUUGUUGGUAUCUCCGAUCGACUGCACCAGGCAGGAUCAGAUAAUGAUUUGCAGAGGCGCUGGCAGUUUGAUCCAAAGUUCGAUCACCGCGUUGAUAAACAAACUUCAACUACUGCCGCCAAACAGGACAAGAUUGACCAUGCAGCAGCAAUCCGUGGAGCCAAAACAACUGAGGAUGCAAGGAUGGUUGUCGAGAACGCGCUUCGGACGAACGUUGCUAGCGCAAUAUCUACUGAUGCCGAUAACGUCGACGUAGAAAAGCCCAUCACUGCUUACGGAAUUGAUUCACUUAAGGCAACCGAGGUCCGCAAUUGGGUGUUGAAGGAAUUCCACAGUCAACUGUCCAUUUUUGAUAUUUUGAGUCCAAUGCCCAUCUCGCGUUUGGCUUUGACUAUUUUGAAGAAAUCUUCUUUGAGAGAGUCGGCGAUGGACAUCAGUGAAUAA